AUGAGAGGGCGGCGUUUGACACGGAGUGGGGCCGACAUGAUGGCACCGCGCCUCCCAUGGGCCGAAGCGCGGCGGCCAGGCAGAACGGAAGAAAAAGCCCUUGCGGCGAAGGAACGCCCCGCGAGCGGGAGUAAAAAGGCCGUCACGGGCAAGUUCCUUCCUGCGGCGCGGCCAUUUGUUCCACCCGGGCCACGAGGUGUCGCAAAACGCUUUUCGCUGGCGGAUCUCACGAGCAGCUGGAGGCAUCAAGUAUCCUCAAACAGCACUCACCGAAGUCUUCGCGGAGAAGUUAUGGGAAUCGCCCCUGAUGAGAGUGUCUUCACGAAGAACCUCCUCAUUCAUUGCCUAGUUUUUCCUCCCGGCUAUGCCGAUCCCGCGGACAACGAUUCCGACGGUAGCCACAAGGGAAAAGAGCAGAUUUACAUUCAAUUUGGGUUGGCAAGAAAAUGUCCGUCACCGCAACCUUCUCCACUGCUGCACCAAGCUACCCACACGGCCGCCGAUUUGGGUUUCCAGAAGAUCGUCUGUUCCGACGCCGUGGGAGUGCGUGAGUGCUAUCCGCUUCUCUCUCCGCCGUUGCUUUCUUUGGACGCUCUUGUGCCGGACAGCCGCCCUGCAGGUAUAGGCAUUGACAGACACACAAGCACAUGUAAAUACGCACAGACACACACACACACAAACACACGCCACGUCGUACAUGCUUUGGAGAGGCGUGAACGCUGA